CUGCACCCUUCACGCAGCGGGCCAUGGCUGAACAAGAAAGCUUGGAGUUCGGGAAGGCCGAUUUUGUCCUCCUAGACCAGGUCACCAUGGAAGACUUCAUGGAAAACCUGAAGCUGAGGUUCGAGAAAGGGAGGAUCUACACGUACAUAGGGGAAGUGGUGGUCUCCGUGAACCCCUACAAGCAAACGGCGCUUUACGGGAAAGAUGUGGUUGAGCAGUACCGCGGCCGCGAGCUCUACGAGAGGCCGCCCCACCUCUUCGCGGUGGCCGACGCAGCUUACAAGGCCAUGAAGCGCCGGGCGAAGGACACCUGCAUUGUCAUAUCAGGGGAAAGCGGUGCUGGGAAGACAGAGGCCAGCAAGUACAUCAUGCAGUAUAUUGCGGCCAUCACAAACCCCACCCAAAGGGCAGAGGUGGAAAGGGUUAAGAAUGUCCUGCUAAAGUCCAACUGUGUCCUGGAAGCUUUCGGCAAUGCCAAAACCAACCGCAACGACAACUCCAGCCGGUUUGGCAAAUACAUGGACAUCAAUUUUGACUUCAAAGGGGACCCGACGGGGGGCCACAUCAACAACUACCUCCUGGAGAAGUCUCGGAUCCUCAAACAGCAGCCGGGCGAGAGGAAUUUCCACACCUUCUACCAGUUGCUGCUCGGAGCCUCGGAUGCUUUGCUGGAGUCCCUCCACCUCAGCAGGGAUCCGGCGGUCUACAGGUUUACCAGAGAGGGUGCCAACAACCACUCCUCGGGCAGUGAGAAAUCCAGCCACCAGGCCGUUGCAGACGCCAUGGCCGUGAUCGGUUUCACUUCGGAAGAGAUCGACUCUGUCUACAAGAUCCUGGCGGCCAUUUUGCACUUGGGCAACGUGUGCUUUGUCGCCACGGGGGACGAUGUGGAGAUAGAAAACGCUGAACUGGUACCCUACCUGGCGGAGCUGACCUCCACGGAGCCGGAGAGUCUCCUCAACACGCUCCUCUAUCGGACAGUGGCCACCGGAGGUGGAGAAGUCAUCCAAAAGGGCCACAGCGCCAACGAGGCCAACUACGCGAGGGAUGCUUGCGCCAAGGCCUUCUACGAGCGUCUAUUCUGUUGGAUCGUGGCCCGCAUCAACACGGUCAUCGAGGUCAAGAACUACGAUGCCCGAAUCCAUGGCAAGAAUACGGUGAUUGGAGUCCUGGACAUCUAUGGUUUCGAGAUCUUCGACAACAAUAGCUUUGAGCAGUUCUGUAUCAACUACUGCAACGAGAAGCUGCAGCAGCUGUUCAUCGAGCUGAUCCUGCAGCAGGAGCAGGAGGAGUACCAGCGCGAGGGGAUCGAGUGGCAACACAUUGAAUAUUUCAACAACCAAAUCAUUGUGGACCUGGUGGAGGAGCCGCACAAGGGCAUCAUUGCUGUGCUUGAUGAGGCCUGUCUGACUGGGGGGAAAGUCACCGACACCCUGUUCCUGGAGUCCAUGAAUGCCAGGCUUGGCAAACACCCACACUAUGCCAGCAGGAAGCUCAAUCCUGCUGAUAAGUCCAUGGAUUUCGGACGCGAUUUCCGCAUUAAGCACUACGCAGGGGACGUCACGUACUCCGUGGAGGGAUUUCUGGACAAGAACAAGGACACUCUUUUCCAGGACUUCAAGCGGCUGAUGUAUAACAGCGCAGACCCCGUCCUCCAGGACAUGUGGCCGGAGGGCCAGCAGAGCAUCACCGAGGUCACCAAGAGGCCCCUGACGGCUGCCACCCUCUUCAAAAACUCCAUCGUGGCGCUGGUGGAGAACCUGGCCUCAAAGGAGCCGUAUUACGUCCGUUGCAUCAAGCCAAACGACCAGAAGUCGCCCUUGCUCUUUGACGAAGAGCGCUGCCGCCAUCAGGUGUCGUAUUUGGGGCUGCUUGAGAACGUGCGCGUCCGGAGGGCGGGAUUCGCCUACAGGCAGCCUUACGACCGCUUCCUCCUCCGGUAUAAGAUGACCUGUGAGUACACGUGGCCCAACCACCUCAUGGCUACCGACCGGGAGGCCACGCAGGCCUUGAUGGAGCAGCACGGCUUCCAGGACGACGUCGCCUAUGGACACACCAAGAUCUUUAUCCGCACGCCCCAGACGCUGUUCACCCUGGAGCAGGAACGAGCCCAGCUGAUCCCCAUCAUUGUGCUGCUGCUGCAAAAGGCCUGGAGGGGCGCCCUGGCCCGCAAGCGCUGCCGUUACCUGCGGGCCACCUACACCAUCAUGUCGUACUACAAGCGCCACAAGGUGAAGUCUCACCUGCUGGAGAUGGUGCAGAGGUUUCAGGCGGUACGCAGCAUGGCGGACUACGGCAAGGGCGUGGAGUGGCCGGAGCCUCCGGCUGUGCUGGCUCAGUUCCAGGAGAACAGCAAGCUCAUCUUCCGCAGGUGGCGAGCCAGGCAGAUCGUGAAGAACAUCCCUCCCUCCGACAUGGACCAGAUCAAGGCCAAAGUGGCGGCCCUGGACGUCCUGCAAGGACUGCGGAAGGACUGGGGCUGCUCCCGGAGCUGGGGGAGGAACUACUUGGUGUCGGUAGUGGAAAACCCUGCAAUGGCCGACCAGUUUGCCAAACGGGUGUCAGCCCUGAAGGAGAAGGUUCACUUCCGUUCCGUGCUGUUCUCGUGCCACGUCCGCAAGAUCAACCGCUGUAACAAGACCACAGACCGAGCCAUCCUCAUCACAGACCAGCACCUAUACAAGUUGGAACCGAGGAAACAGUACAAAGUGAUGAGAUCGAUUCCUCUGAGCAUGGUGACCGGGAUGAGCGUGACCAGCGGCGUGGAUCAGCUGGUCGUCUUCCACACCCAGAACCACGACGGCCUGGUGGUCUGCCUCCACAAAAUGCAGCCAGAAAACGACGGCCGGGUCGGGGAGCUGGUCGGCGUGAUGGUUGACCACUUCAGAAGGACUAAGAGGGAACUCCGGGUGCAGGUCUCGGACUGCAUUCAGCUCAGCCUCCACGGACGGAAAAAAUUGGUCUCCGUGAAGACGCGUGCAGAACAGGCCAUGCCCGACUUCGCCAAGAGCCGUGAUGGCUUCGUGCUUUUCUGGCCGCGGAGAUAAACACACUGGUCGGUUUUGGAGGA